CAUGAAUCUCUCUGCUGAGAUAAGCAGAGAUACGUUCCUGGGCAUGAAAUAAAAUGACAGCACGUUCGGUAUAUUUGUUCUUUAGAGAGCGCCGAGUGAGGCCAUGCAGCCAAGGUUUUUCCGUCACUGCCGGUCUGCUGUCAAGCGCCAAUGCUGCCCGCAUCGAUAAGAACUCUCGGAAAUAACGAAAUUUCGAUAAGCAAGUUUUUUUUUUUGCUGACAAUGGCAGCGAAUGCUCGCAUGAUUUUAAGUGCAGCUGUCUCCAAGCGGCUUUCCUGGCGGGGUGAAAUGAGCUGCAUUGCUGUGCUUUGAAUCGUAGAAGUCUGGUUCGCAAACAAAAGUAGUCUGUACGCCAAUAAGGAAUGUAAAAACGUAGCAAACGGAAGAACGCAUUUCAUUUUACCUGCAGGCUGACGCAAUGGCUAUACGCCUGGCUUUAAUAACGCCUGCCAUCAAGCAGCCUUCUCAGUGGAGUGUUCAGAGACGCUGCGAUGCAAACUUGGGCUGCAUUUUUCCUGGCCUUGCUCUUACCAGCCACUGUGGUCAUGGGUGAGCUGGGCCUUCCAGGAGGACCCCUGAAGCUUGAUCACAAGGUGUACGACGGGGCAGACAUUAUAAAGUUAAUAUCGACCUUCGACUAUGUUGUGGCUAUAUCUGAUGCGGACAAUGACACAAUUUUUGAGUGCAUGUCUGCCAAGCGACUCGAGUAUGACCCGGCGGUAUUAUCAGCCACAUAUCUCUGGGUGUUCCCGUCAACAGGGCUCGAAGUUCCCAUUUUUAUACAGCCGGGCGGCCCCGUAGGGACAGUUCAGUUUACUAUACCACAAGAUGAAACUCCGAAGGAAGCCGUUGUAUACUAUUCCAACUACGAGAACUGCGUGGUCGUUAGUGUGGAGUUCAACGGAAACCAAUGCAUACUGUGGACCAAUACAGCGGUUAAGGACAAUGUGCCGCAAGACUGCAUCGACCAUUUUGUGGACACGUGUGGAGUAAUCGUGCCAAAACACAGCCGUGACUUGUGCCCGGAUGGCGAAGGAGACUACUAGCGUCGAAAAAACCGCUCAAGAAGAUUACAUUACUAGAUGUACGUUUGUUAAGCUCAUCAUCAAAAUAAAGGUAUAUA